UUUGGUUAAUUUUGUUCCCAGGAUACGACGAACACCAGUUGACUAAGACCCAGGUACCUGUUUAUUGCUACAUGAACAUGGUCAGCAGGUGUCGUAGGGGAACAUCGUAAUGUUUUCACCCAUACCGGGAAUCAAACCACAGACCUCAGUGUAUGAGAUGAGUGUUACCAACCCAGAUAAAGGACACCGGGCCGCGGGGGCGUUGACCCCCGGAACUCUCUCCAGGUUGUCCUUUCACCAGAAGAAUCACCUCAGCAGUGCCAAGACCCGGUGCUAUAAAGCUCAUGUAUAUAACAGAAUUCCUGCAGAAAAAGUGUCAGCAGCUAGUGUUAUAAAACUUGUCAGUGUGUCAAUACACAGUAUCUUAAAGGUCACCUCAGCUCCCUGGUACUACAUAUAUACUCAGCAUCCUGGCUCAGUCAUGCAGACUUGCGAUCUUGGCUGCUAAAUGCACAUACUCUGCAUCCUGUGAAUGUAACUCCACUAAUGGAAAUAUUGUGCAACAUGUUACAUAUUACUGUAACAUUGUAUUCAUAUGAAAUGCAGUGCAUGCAUUAUUUACAUCUAGUGCACUAAAGUUCAUAUUACUUAAUAAAGAAGUUAAUAUUUUAAAUUGAAAUGUAAUUUUCUAAUACUUGACUUAAAAUGCAUUGUGUGUGUACUCCAAAUGUUUAAUAUUUACCAUUGAUUAUUUCUGGAUAAUUAAUUGUGUUUUCAACAAUGUGUAUAGAUUUUCUGCCUGAACAUAUUACAUACUCUGCUUCAUAUUAUUUCCACACAAUCAGGUACUAGCAUUCAUAUAAAAAAUUAGUUUUGUCAUAUAUUCUGUGAAUAAUAUGACUUUUUAUCCAUCACUAUCCAUCACCUCAAUUACUGGGAGCGCUUAAAGUUCCUGAACUUGUAUUCCCUGGAAUGCAGGCGGGAGAGAUACAUGAUUAUAUACACCUGGAAAAUCCUAGAGGGACUAGUACCGAACUUGCACACGAAAAUCACUCACAACGAAAGCAAAAGACUUGGCAGACGAUGCACCAUCCCCCCAAUGAAAAGCAGGGGUGUCACUAGCACGUUAAGAGACCAUACAAUAAGUGUCAGGGGCCCGAGACUGUUCAACUGCCUCCCAGCACACAUAAGGGGGAUUACCAACAGACCCCUGGCAGUCUUCAAGCUGGCACUGGACAAGCACCUAAAGUCUGUACCUGACCAGCCGGGCUGUGGCUCGUACGUUGGAUUGCGUGCAACCAGCAGUAACAGCCUGGUUGACCAGGCUCUGAUCCACCAGGAGGCCUGGUCACAGACCAGGCCACGGGGGCAUUGACCCCCAGAACUCUCUCCAGGUAAACUCCAGUGAGGGUAAACACUCAUGUGUUCCAUGUUGUAUACUGUCAUUCAUAGUAAAAAUGUCAACACUUUUUUUUUUGGUGACAAACUAAUUAGUAUAAUUAUCUUCAUUGAUUUGUGAAGAGGAACGAUGAAUAUAACAAAGGCAAGCAUGUAAUUGCCUUAGAAAAUAAUUUACAGACAUCAGUCCGGAACCCACUGUCAAAUAAGAUUCAAAAUCUCAUGGCUUUAUGUAUGUGUAUCCAUGCUUAAUGACCUUCCCCUCUUUCCAGAUUUUACUGUAUCUACAUGGUAAGAUCAACUCAAAAGGAAACACAUUCACCGUCACUCAAUAUUACUCUUGCCAGAAGUGCGUGUAGAUCACAUUUCAAAUAACCCUCUGAAACGAAACAUAACUGCAAGUUUUUAUACUUUUGAUCUAAUGAUACUAAAAAUUAAAGUGUAAAGGGUGUAACUGUUUACUUAUAUUUAGUUUUUUAGUUUUUUAUUUGGACAUGAUACAUAGUUGUUCAAGGAAAUAUAGUGGUUGAGUGUACAUGCCAAAACCCCUUGUAUGCAGAACAUUAUGGGCAGGCUUAAAAUUAACUUAAGAUUAACUAAGCAAUGAUAUAUUCAGUAUAUAUUGCUAUGCUAAACUUCCAUAAAUAUUCCACACAAAAAGGAUUUUGCUUCAUUCAGAAAUUCAUUAGUAAUAACUUUCUUACUACAGUUCAAUAUAUCUUAGAAAAUUUGAAUUUAAACACAAAAAGUCAGACCACAUUUGUGUCUUGAUUCUGUUUUCUUUACAAUUACAUCUCCUUGCAUAAGAGAUCUUACAUGAGAACAUAUGUUUCACUGCUCAAAAAUUGCACCACAAAAAUCAUCUACAAUGGAUUGUCUGAACGAUAAAUCAAGCAAAAGCCUCCUUAAGGCUCAAGAAUGUAGAAUAGUCUUUAAGACAAAAUCAUCUCAAGUAAAACGGAUAAGAGUUCAUACAGAAGUGAAACCACAUCGGUGUUCAAUGUGUCUAAAUGACUGUACAGAAAAAUCACAUCAACCGGAACCCCCAGGAGUUCAUGUAGAAAAAAACUUGUUGAAAUCACACCAGUGUUUAUUGUGCUCAGAGAAAUUUACAAAAAAGACUGAUUUGCAAAAGCACUGGAAAAUUCAUACGGGAGAGAAACCAUAUACUUGUUCAAAAUGUCAAAAAGUGUUUUAUAACCAGGGUAGUCUAAUACGACAUCUAAGGAAUCAUCGUGAAGAAAAUCCCUUUCAGUGUAUAGUGUGCUUAAAAGACUUUUCAAGUAAACAAGUUCUACAACAACACAUGGGAAUUCAUACAGGAGAUAAGCCAUACAGGUGUUUAUUGUGCAACACUAAAUUCAUUAAAAAGUCACGUUUUAAACAGCACCUAAGAGCCCAUGCAGAAGGGAAGUUUUAUCAGUGUUCUAUUUGUUCAAAAUCGUUUUCAGAAAAAUCACAUUUAGAUCGACACUUAGUGGUUCAUAAUGGAGGAAAACCAUAUAACUGUGCAGUGUGUUCUAAAGGUUUUUUAAGUAAAACAAAGCUAACAAGACACACAAGAACUCAUACAGGAGAAAAACCUUUUCAGUGCUCAGUGUGUCAGAGAAGUUUUUCAGAUAAAGCAGUUCUUGGACGACACAUGGUAAUUCAUUCUGAUGAGAAAUAUCAGUGUUCGGUGUGUUCAAAAGAUUUCUCACAAAAGUCACUUCUUGAUCAGCACCUGCGAAUCCACACAGGAGAGAGACCAUUUCAUUGUUCUUUCUGUCCAGAACGUUUUAUAAAUAAAGCAAGGCUAUUAAGACAUGUGAGACACCAUACAGGAGAAAAACCGUUUCAGUGUUCAUUAUGUCAAAAAGACUUUGCAGAAAAAUCAAGUCAAAUACGACACAUGAGGGUUCAUACAGGAGAAAAACCAUACGAGUGUUCAGUGUGUUUUAAAAAAUGUUCUCAGAAAAUACAUCUAGACCAGCAUUUAAAAGUUCAUAGAAAAAAAACAUACAACUGUUCAAUGUGUGUAAAAGGCUUCUUACGUUUAGAAAAUCUUAAACAACAUAUUAAAUGCCAUACAGGAGAAAAGUCAUACCAGUGUUCAGUUUGUCUAAAGGACCUGUCGGAUAGUACACAUCUAAUACAACACAUGAAAAUUCACGAAAGAAAGAAAUAUCAGUUUUCAUCGCAUUCAAAAAGAAUUUCUCGGUUAGCUGAUGCAAAACAGCACCUAAAAGUUCAUUCACAAAGAAAAAGAUAUAAAUGUUCGGUGUGUGUUAAAGGCUUCUUCAGUAACGCAAGUCUAAUACGUCAUAAGAAAAGUCAUUUAGGAGAAAAUGCACAUCAGUGUUCAGUUUGUUUAAAAGACUUUUCAGAUAAAUCUAAUCUAAAAGACCACAUGAAAGUUCAUGAAGAAGACAAAUUAUACAAAUGUUCAGUGUGUCUGGAAGACUUUAAAGAUAAUUUGACUCUUGAACAACACACUACAGUGCAUAGAGAAGAGAAACUUGAGGAGAGUUCAGCACAGGAAGGAAAUUUUCGAGUUCAAGAGGAAGAUGGUACAGUUUACACAGAAGAUACAAUAUAUCAGUGUACAGCAUGUCAGAAUGAAUUUAGAGAUAAAAAAGAUGUCAUACAACACAUGAAAGUUCAUAGAGCAGAAAAACUUGAGGAGAAUUCUGUGGGUGUAGGAGAUGUAAAUGGUAAAAAAGAUGAAGUUACAGCUCCUGCAGAAGAGAGAUCAUGCCAGUUUUCAGUGUCAAUGCAAAACUUAUCAGAUGAAAAAAUUCUUUUAAAACACUCAAAAGAUGAUGGAGAAGAGAAACACGAUAUUACCAUUGUAGAUGAACACAAGCCUGUUCACGUGGAAAAUUUGUUACAUCAGUCUUCAGUGUGUCAGAAAAAGUUUUCUGAUAAAGAAAUCAAGCAACAAUUGAAAUUUCAUGAAGAAAAAAGUCUUGAAGAAAGUUCAGUGUGUGUUGAUUCUAAUGGCAUAGAGAAACUUGAAGUUCAUACAGAAGAUUUAAUUUAUCAGUGUUCAGUAUGUUUCACAGAGUUCACAGAUGAAAAAAUGAUCAUGGAACACAUGAAAGUUCAUGGAGAAGUAAAUUGUGAGGAGAGUUCAGCAUGUGUAGGAGAAUCUGAAGAUAAAAAGGAAUAUUCUAGACCUCAAACACAUGUAUUAUAUCAGUGUUCAAUUUGUCAGGAAGAAUUUACAGAUCAGAAAAUUGUCUUACAACAUAUGUUAGUUCAUACACCAGAGAAACCUUUUAAGUGUUCAGUGUGCCUUGAACAGUUUACAGACAAAGACAUUUUUGAACAACACUUGAAAGGUCAUAUAGGAGAAAAACCAAAUAAUUGUUCAUUGUGUGCAAAAGAUUUUUUAACUAAAGGAUACGUAAAACGGCACAUGAGAGUUCACACAGGAGAAAAGCCAUAUCAGUGUGCAGUGUGUCUAAAACACUUUACAGACAAAGCAGUUGUAAUACGACACAUGAGAAUUCAUACAGGAGAAAAACCAUAUCAGUGUUCAGUGUGUCUGAAAGGUUUUACACAAAAUUCACAUCUAAAAUACCACAUGAAAAGUCAUCCAGGAGAAAAGGUAGAGAAAACACACAGAUGUUUAGUGUGUCACAAAAGAAUUAAUCUAGAAAAUUUAGAACAGCACUUAACAGUUCAUAUAGGAGAUAAACUGUAUAACUGUCCACUUUGUCAAAAAGGCUUUGCAAGUAAUGCCAGUCUUAUUAGACAUAGAAAAGUUCACACAGGAGAGAAAUCACAUCAGUGUUCAGUGUGUUUUAAAUCUUUUUCAAGAAACUCACAUCUUCAACAACAUUACAAAAUUCAUACUGGAGAGAAACCAUAUGAGUGUUCAGAAUGUUCAAGAAGAUUUAUACGAAAAGUACAGCUUGAACAACACUUGAGAGUUCACACAGGAGAGAAGCCAUAUAACUGUUCAGAAUGUUUAAGAAACUUUAGAUCAAAUGUUAGUCUUAAAAAACACAUGAAAACUCAUCAGAGAGAGGAAUCAUAUUUGUGUUAAGUGUGUUCACAAAGUUUUUUUUACAACUCUCAGGUCUAGAGUAUUAUAAUCAUAACUAAACACUAAACCCAUAUAGGUCAUACAGCACUGGUAUCAGGUCUAGAGUAAACUUAAGCAUUCUUAAAAUAGAUGAACCUUACACCUGUUCAGUGUCCGAGGUUUUUCAGUAUUGACACAUGAGAAUGAAUGCUUGUAAGAAAAAAAACAUAAUUGUGUUCAGUAAGGCAACCAGUGCUAAAUACCCAAUAAUAUUCAAAUCUCUUCAGAUUUGUUAUUAAAAUUCUAGGUCAAGAAUUAUGGCCUAGGUCAUUUUGAGGUCAUAGAAAAGGAACAUUUCAUUGAAAGAUAAUACCUUUGAUAAUGAUUAUCAUGUAUGUGCUUGAAAUCGGCAGAGUUUCCAGUGAUACGUUUUAUUUCUUUUGGUUAAAAUUUGAGCAUUUAACCUCGAUUUAUUCUAGAGGUCACUCCAUGACCUCCAGAGUAUGUGACACAGAAUUGUUUAAAAAGACUUUUGUGUUUGCUACAAAAAACAAUAAAAAAAUUGUUUA